UUUCAGUUUUUUCCACUAGUUUUUUAUAAUGGAGUUAGUGAUAAACCCACCGCAACAAGUUUUCGACCAGCUCAUCGACUUGGCCGCAGAAACUAACGGCUGGGCUCAUCAAGCGUAUGAUUAUCGAUUUUAUUCUACGAGUUAUGAUGGAUAUUGGUUUGUUACGGUUAUUGAUAAAGAAAAGGAAGAAUUUAACAACUUGGUAGCAGGAGUUUCCCUGGCCCGCUGGGACGCUAAAAAUGACGGACCCCUCUACUCAAUUGGCCUCUACUACUGUAAGGAGGAAUAUCGUGGAAAAGGCUAUGGAAAGCAGGUUUUUGAUGCAAUUAUGGAUAUUGUUGGCGAUGAUACUUGUGCAUUGUUCUCUGCAGUUAAUAUGUCGAAAAAGUACUCGGAAGUGUUCGGUUUUGAUAACUUGUCUCCUUAUUGGAUAAUGGAAGCUAAAAUAGACCCAUCUAAGUUCAAAAUUCCAAAAAAUUUGGAUUCUGACGUCAUUGUAAAGGACUGGAAAGAGGUGGAUGAAGCUCAGCUAGAAGCCUAUGACCUGACAAUUUGCUCCCGAAACCGCAAAAAAAUCAUGAGAAAUUGGUUUCAGCAGGAUGAGGUUUAUACCAGGGUAGCAAUAGACAGUAACCAGAAAAUUGUUGGUUACUGUACCAUCCGAGUCGUCAACCUGAAUCGCAUCCGGGCUUCACCGUUUUACGCUGAAAAUGGAGAAAUUGCAGCCAAAUUGCUGGCUGAAACUGUGAAAAUUAUUCCGAAUUUUGAAAAAUUCGAUCAGCUCAAGUUUUACUACCCAUCGGUUAAUAAGGAAAUGGAGAGUUUGCUCCCAAAAUUCCUGCCAGCCGACGGGUACACUGUUAAGGAGAACAAUCGGGUGCAGUUCACCAAGAAUUUCAUCAAAUCCCGGGAUGAAGCUGUGUAUUCCGUGUCUUGCACUACCCAUCAAUAUAUUUGAAAAAUUAGUUUUCAGGUUUUCAGGAAAAAAAUUUUGAAAAUCAAUAAAUUUAGAUUAUUUUUUCAAUUUAUUUUUUCCAAUUUCAAAAAUAAAUAUCAAUAUUUUA